GAGAUCCUCCAGGAUGCGGUCAUUAUCAGCAGGGCCGAGGCAGGGUCCUUUCUACCUCCACAGGGUCUGAGCCCAUCCUUCUUGGAGCCGAGGAGGCCUCUUGAUUGGGCGUGAUCCCCUCCUCUUGGGGCUCCUGGAGGUCAAUGCAAUGGCUCAUGCACUAGAUGACCCCCACCUGGGCGCCAGCCCGCCCGAGGACUCUGAACUCUCUCAGAAUGAGUCAGAAACGGCGAGCUUGGUGUCGGAGGACUCUAUCAUGCCAGACUAUGAGAUGGAGCGGGGUGGAGGAGGCACCACCUCUACACUGUAUGAGGCCUGUAACAGGAACGAGGCGCUAACCCUACAGAGGGUUCUGGAGAGGGGGGUUACUAAGGAAGAAGUAAUGGAGCUGGACAUCAACGGCAGGGUAAGGAUACACAAACAAACAGAAACACACACACAUACACACACACACACACACACACACACCUUACUAGCCCACACUAUCAAUAGUAACAUAAGGAUGUGUAAUGCUUCUCUCUGGUGUUCCUCACAUUAUCCACCACUAUCAUCAAAACCAUACGGACCCAGAUAUUGUACAUUAGAGCAGAAUUUCUCAACCUUUGGUCCUUGGGCCUCUGGCAUGAGGGGGGCCAGUAUAAAAAAAAUAUAUAUAUAUAUGUAUUCACUAACUGUAAGUCGCUCUGGAUAAGAGCGUCUGCUAAAUGACGUAAAUGUAAAUGUAAAUGUAAUGUGGGCCAGUCCCUGAGAUGGUUAGCUGACACUACUUAAGUCAGUUACUCAAGUGUUGGUUUUAAUGUAAAGCGGUACCACGGGGAGGAAGAGCAAAGCGUGCCGGUUGCUGGUGCAAACAAGUUUGAGAAACACUGCAUUAAAGCACACACCUAGUUAAUGACCAUGUCUGUGUUUCUGCUUUGUUGUCAUGUCAGAAUGGCCUGAUGUUGGCUGUCUCCAGAGGCUAUGUGGACAUCGUCUAUGGUCUACACACGUGUCCACUGAUAGAUAUCAACCAUCAGGACAACGAAGGCAGCACAGCAGUGAUGAUCGCUGCCCAGGCCGGUAAGCACUGCAAUAUUAUGGUGGCUAGCUUGGGUGAGCAAGGUAGCAUGAUCAUAUCAUAUCAUUACAACCUUUAACAUGGCCUAUGGUUUUGUGGUCAAUAGUAUUAUAAUCAGGGAUGUAUCUGGAAAAUAAAUCGCUUUACCACUGUCGCAGUGCAUUCAGCUAUAUACAAGAUCAAUUAAAUCUGUGGAGCGUCAAGAUCCCUAGUAUUCUGGAGUUUAUUUUCUAUUUAGUUAUUCUGUAACAACAAUCUUCCUAAUAACAGCCCCUCUCUCCACCCAGGCUACAUAUCCAUCCUCAACUUCAUCCUGAACUACUACCCUAAGGUAGACCUGGAGGUGAGGGACAUCAGAGGCUUCACUGCCCUCAUUAAGGCAGCCCUACAGGGCAGGGAGGACUGUGUGUCUUCCCUCAUAAUGGCCGGUAAGUGACUAAAGUCAGGAAAAUCAAGAAUUUGAGUUCUUUGAGUUGGGUUGGAAAGUCUUCUAAAGACUAUUUUCAUGGGUUUUCCUUUUCCAGGUCGCAUAAAUCCUCACUCUCCAUACUGGCAAUUUGAUAACGUAUAUUUUUUCUUAUUCUCGAAUCAGUAAAUGCACAGGUACUAGGGUGAAAUGGGUUGUCAAUUUAUCAUCAUAGAAAUAUAAUUACUAUUAUUUUAUUCGUUAUGUUUCAAUGGUUAUCAUGAAGACCCUGGGUGAAAAAAGAAAAAGCAAGGGCCUGGUCAGAAGUAGUGCACUAUAUAGGGAAUAGGGUGCAAUUUCAGACAAAGACCAAGGGUAUGAUUAUGACAGAUUUUGGUGGAGGAAGAUGGCGACGCACACCUAGCUGUGUUUAAGGGGCAAAUCUAAGGAUGUGGUUUUCCUUUGCAAUCUUCUUAUCUAUUCUGGGACUAGCUAUUUUAGGUUACAGGCUGGAUUAGCUAGCCCUGUCUGGAUUUACCAGGACUGAUAUAGGCUCGGCUCUGGAAAUAUUCCACUCAGUAACAUCUGUUACUGGUUCUUAAGUCAAGACAGGGCAAAAUGAUGUCACCCUAUUACCUAGUCUCAUUCAUAAGCAGUGGCGGGUAGGGGGUAUUUUUGUGUUCAUCUACGUGCCUUAUAAUGUGUUGCUCUUCAGCUCAAUGAAUGGUUGAGGACAAGCCUCUGAAAUAGACACUAGUGGGAGUCAGUCUUGAUCCAAUAAUGACUCCAAUUACACAUCUAAGAGCUAAUUAACCAGUUAACCCUAAUGGAAACCUUAGAUUCUCCUGCCUCAAACUGUAGAUUCGAUAAUUUAGUCAAGGCCAUCAUCAUACUGUCUCAUUAUUAGUCAAGACAAACAAAUGGUGAAAGUUUUCAUAGUGUCGUUUUUAUCUCCCGCCCUGUAUCUCCCUGCACCGCUCUGUGUUCCCUCAAUGGCCACUUGGUGGGGCAAUUAUGCUGACUUUGAACUUUCAAAUCAAAUCAAAUCAAAUCAAAACAAAUUUUAUUGGCCACAUGCGCCGAAUACAACAUGUGCAGACAUUACAGUGAAAGGCUUACCUACAGCCCUUAACCAACAGUGCAUUUAUUUUCAAUAAAAAAAGUAGAAUAAAACAAAAAAGUGUUGAGAAAAAAAGAGCAGAAGUAAAAUAAAAUAACAGUAGGGAGGCUAUAUAUACAGGGGGGUACCGGUGCAGAGUCAAUGUGCGGGGGCACCGGCUAGUUGAGGUAGUUGAAGUAAUAUGUACAUGUGGGUAGAGUUAAAGUGACUAUGCAUAAAUAAUUAACAGAGUAGCAGCAGCGUAAAAUGAUGGGGUGGGGGGGGGGGGGGGGGGGGGGGGGGGGGGGGGGGGGCAGUGCAAAUAGCCCAGGUAGCCAUGAUUAGCUGUUUAGGAGUCUUAUGGCUUGGGGGUAGAAGCUGUUGAGAAGUCUUUUGGACCUAGACUUGGCACUCCGGUACCGCUUGCCGUGCGGUAGCAGAGAGAACAGUCUAUGUCUAGGGUGGCUGGAGUCUUUGACAAUUUUGAGGGCCUUCCUCUGACACCGCCUGGUAUAGAGGUCCUGGAUGGCAGGAAGCUUGGCCCCAGUGAUGUACUGGGCCGUACGCACUACCCUCUGUAGUGCCUUACGGUUGGAGGCCAAGCAGUUGCCAUACCAGGCGGUGAUGCAACCAGUCAGGAUGCUCUCGAUGGUGCAGCUGUAGAAUUUAUUGAGGAUCUGAGGACCCAUGCCACAUUUUUUCAGUCUCCUGAGGGGGAAUAGGCUUUGUCGUGCCCUCUUCACGACUGUCUUGGUGUGUUUGGACCAUGAUAGUUUGUUGGUGAUGUGGACACCAAGGAACUUGAAGCUCUCAACCUGUUCCACUACAGCCCCGUCGAUGAGAAUGGGGGCGUGCUCAGUCCUGUAGUCCAUAAUCAUCUCCUUUGUCUUGGUCACAUUGAGGGAGAGGUUGUUAUCCAGGCACCACACGGCCAGGUCUCUGACCUCCUCCCUAUAGGCUGUCUCAUCGUUGUCGGUGAUCAGGCCUGCCACUGUUGUGUCGCCGGCAAACUUAAUGAUGGUGUUGGAGUCGUGCCUGGCCAUGCAGUCAUGGGUAAACAGGGAGUACAGGAGGGGACUGAGCACGCACCCCUGAGGGGCCCCCGUGUUGAGGAUCAGUGUGGCAGAUGUGUUGUUACCUACCCUUACCACCUGGGGGCGGCCCGUCAGGAAGUCCAGGAUCCAGUUGCAGAGGGAGGUGUUUAGUCCCAGGAUUCUUAGCACAGUACAUGCCUCACACAUUACCUUCUGAAAAUCUGAUCAUGCCCAGUUUCUCUCAUGGUUUUAUGUGGGCAGUCGAAGGCUUUAUCGAGAGAGAGAGAGAGAGAGAGAGGAGCGUUCUCCUCUCUCUCUCUUCCAGAAACGAGAGAGCUUUGAUCUCGAUGAAGGGGUCCACCCUAACAAACGAAAAAGAAGAGAUCUGAGAUGCUCUCCCUCGGAGCUAAAGAGUCACUUAGGGACUAGCUCGAGAAGCGCGAUCUCUCUCUCUCUAGCGAUCUACGCUCCUCCUUCCCCUCUCUCUCCGAUCUCUACUCUCUCUCUCUCUCUCUCUCUCUCCAUUUCCCUCCUCCCUCUCUCUCUCUCUCUCUCUCUCUCUCUCUCUCUCUCCAUUUCCCUGCCCUCUCUCUCCCUGACCACUUACCAGGUGCUGAUAUCAACGUAGUGGACGAUGUCAAAGGGAAAAGCAUUACAGACUGGGCCCUGAAGACAGGUCGUUUUGAGGUCCUACAGCGUCUCCGCCGCCUCCAGGCGUGUCCCAUCGCUGAACAGUUCUGCGACAGCUACGUGAUGGAGUGGCCCGAGCUGAAGGAGCUGGUGGCGAAAGGUUUGAGAGAUGAGAACCAGAGGGUUGGCGGUUCAAAUCCCCGCACCAACUGGGAAAAAUAUGGCAGGGAGGGAUGCUGGCAUCACAAUCCUAAAUAGGCUACAUCGCCUGCUGUUGUGCCCUUGAGCACGGCACUUAACCCCUAAACUGCUUCAGGGGCACUGCGGUGGACCCAUGUGUGGAGGCUAUGUAUGUGUCUUGGGUGGGUAGGUAUAAAGGAAAAAUACACAUUUCCGUGUCUCUGUACUAAUUGGAUCAAAGUGUCUGCUAAAUGGCCUAUAUUCUUAUAUUGACAAUAAAGUAAUUUUCUUCUAUCUUCUAAAGCCAUGGCCCCCAAGAACCUGACCCAGCGUCUGAAGGACAGCUUGACAUUCAGCUUCCCCAACGACCCUCAGGACAAUGGGGUGUUGGACCACAUGGUCAGGAUGACAACAUCCAUCCACAGUCCACUAGUCUCCAUGGGCUGCCGGCCACUCUGCCCCACCAGCCCCCCCGAGGUCGGGAAGCGGCGGCUGGCCGUGCCAGAGCUGAUGGAAAAGCACAGCAGCAAGGAACUGGAGGAGAGCUCUGUGUGUCAUAGUAACGGUGUGAAGUGUUCCUUCACGCCGGCACGGUCGUCGUCCUCCCUCUCGCUCGCCAACUGCUGCUCUGACACAGAGCGGAGGGAUAGUGUUCUCUCAACGACUGCAAACAGCGUCCAGAACUUCCUCCCCCAUUCUUUGGCGAAUCGCAACAGUGUCUUCCCGUCCAGCUGCAUCCCCACGAUCACCUUCACUAAGUCUGCGGACAAAACACCCAAGAAGGCGAAGAAGACAAAGAGGCACAAGGGCCACCUGGAGCCUCCAGUCUGGAAGUACAAGUCGGAUAAGCAGGAGAAGAAAAAGGAAAAGGAGAAGUUGGAGGAAGAGAAGGAAGCGCAAGAGAAGGCACUUAAGAAAGCUAAAAUGAAGGUAGCCAAGGCGGCGGCCAAGGCCAAGGAGCCCGUCAAAGCAAGUUAA